AUAUGUUGAUGUUUCAAAGAUGCGUUUGAGUGUCACCUGUGCCCUGCAUGAAAUUCAAUCACAGAAAUACAAACUGCAAACAGUUAAGAGAAACAAACAGUGAAAUGUUUAGGCGUAUCGGAUACCAGCAAGUCCAGAGGCUGGGACGAAACCAUCUGACUGACGAAUCGUAUCAAUGCAAUGUUUGUAUGCACUGACGCUUGGCCAAUCAGAAUUAGAGGUAUAACUUCUGUCGCCAAAGUGUCCGAAUAUGUAACCAAUCGGAGCCAGCUAGAGGCGGGACCCCUUCCGAUGGAUGACUGGAGUUUCCCUUACGGUCUGAAGAUUAAUGGAAGGGGUCUGUUGAUCUUAGGAAUCGGCUAUCAGAUGGUCGGUCCCAGGAAAUCUGUGCACUUGAUGCCUUGUGUCGAAGCGAAUGGGGACAGAUUGAUUUAAAUAAACCAAGCGCAGCGAAGAGGAAAAAAAACUGGACAGCACUUUUGUUUCCCAGGUCUGUCUUGAAAAGGCCUGCGAAGAUAGCACCUGGUUUGCUCAGGCCAGGAUACGACUUCGAGGGACGCUACAAGCUAGUGCUAGCUUGCUCGGUACAUUGACGGAAAACAUUUCUGGGCGACCCGUUUAAUGAUCCGGAUUGGAUUUUGGAUGGACCAUAUAGUCUCUGGACUUAAAGCACACUCGAGUGACAUGUCAAUGAACCGAUGCUUGGUUGAAAAUCGACGCCCCAGAGCUAACAUCCACUAGCCUGUCUGCUAGAGUUAGCUGGCGUACUAGCCUAGCUUAGCGUUGGUUUGAGCUGCAAACUUGAAGAUCGCUUGGUUUUGAGUUUUCUGAGCACACUGGAGAGGUAAAGGGGGAAAUAAAGUUAUAAUCGUUAGUUGAUAAUGAUUGCUGUAAGCUAGUAGCCAAUUGACAGCUCCAUUUAGCCUAGCGGUAUAGCAUCACUCAACGAUUUGCAAAGGAAGACUCAGCUCGAGCCCAGGGACUCAACCACCAGCCUGCCAUAAUGGGCAACACGCCCACCGCAAAGAAGGGCAAUGAGAUGGAAAGUGUGAAGGAGUUUCUUCUAAAAGCCAAAGAAGAUUUCCUAAGGAAAUGGGAGAAUCCAGCACAGCAAACUGCGGCAUUGGAUCACUUUGAUCGUCUGAAGACCCUAGGCACUGGAUCAUUCGGUCGGGUCAUGCUGGUUAAACACAAAGAGUCGGGCCAGCAUUUUGCCAUGAAAAUACUUGACAAACAGAAGGUCGUAAAGCUGAAGCAGAUAGAACACACACUGAAUGAGAAACGUAUCCUGCAAGCUGUCAGCUUUCCCUUUCUAGUGCGACUGGAGCACUCUUUUAAGGACAACAGUAAUCUGUAUAUGAUAAUGGAAUAUGUGCCCGGAGGUGAAAUGUUCUCACACUUAAGGAGAAUCGGUAGAUUCAGUGAACCGCAUGCUCGCUUCUACGCAGCCCAGAUUGUACUGACCUUUGAAUACCUUCACUCACUGGAUCUCAUCUACCGAGAUCUCAAGCCAGAGAACCUGCUCAUUGACCAUCAAGGUUACAUACAGGUAACAGAUUUCGGAUUUGCAAAAAGGGUGAAGGGCCGAACCUGGACACUUUGUGGGACUCCUGAGUACCUGGCACCAGAGAUCAUCCUCAGUAAGGGUUACAACAAAGCAGUGGACUGGUGGGCUCUGGGAGUGCUGAUAUAUGAGAUGGCAGCUGGUUACCCCCCCUUCUUUGCAGACCAGCCUAUUCAGAUUUAUGAGAAGAUUGUAUCAGGGAAGGUUCGCUUUCCCUCUCACUUCAGCUCAGACCUGAAGGAUCUGUUGAGAAAUUUGCUGCAGGUGGACCUGACCAAGCGCUUUGGCAACCUCAGGAAUGGAGUCAAUGAUAUCAAGGGCCACAAGUGGUUUGCCACCACUGAUUGGAUUGCCAUCUACCAGAGGAAGGUGGAAGCUCCCUUUAUUCCUAAGUGCAAAGGCCCUGGUGACACGAGCAACUUUGACGACUACGAGGAAGAGGAAAUCAGAGUCUCCUUCACAGAGAAGUGUGCAAAGGAGUUUGCUGAGUUCUAGAUUCCAACCAUGAGUAGCGAAGAGACAGAGAGAGACAGGUAUUUAGAAAGUCAAUGGGGGUCAAAAAGGAAGGAAGCGCUAGGGUGGACUGCUAACUUACUUAUUUGUAACGACGACAACAAUGUAAAAUCCCCCAAAAGGAAAGGUAGACAAAGUGCAGAAAGAUCCAACAGAACCAGCAGUGUUGCCUUUUCUGAUUGUUUCUCAACUGUUACCUUUUCAUUUUAUUUACCCCUCUUGUGUUUGUGGCAGGGGCUUGAGGAUAGCAGGCAUAGGUUGUGGCUGUCCAGCUAUCCUUGUAUCUUUUCUGAUGGUGUAAUGACAUGUUUUCAGUCUUUGCAGGUUGAGGCAGUGAUUCUCUGUUAAGGUACUGAAUCUGCUAGGCUCCUUUUUCUAACAGACCAUCUCUCCAAGCUUCUCAAAGAGUGAUUGUUGUUUCUUGUCACCCUGGUUCCCCACCUCCAUCUCUGUAUCCUGAAUCUGUCCAAGCAAUACCAAGUCCAACAGAUGUGCCUAUCAUAAUGCCAACUGGUUGGAAAACUGUGUCGAAAGCAUUGGCGCAGAGCUUUGGCCGUGGUGGCAUCAGCCCUUGUGCCCGUUUGGUUGAAAGCUUGAAAACACUCUGCGCCUGCCUUUGUCUGCUCAAUGUGGCAUGAUUAUUGGGUAGACGAUGCACUCGCUGCUUGCAGUCGAAGCAGUGGUGACCUCUUUGAUCAGAGUGAAUAGGAUUUAUCAAAGUACACUUCGUCUAGGCCUUACUCCACGUGAGGACCUGUGAGAAAUGAUAAACAUGAGGUUUGCAUUGAAGUCUGUCUUUCUCUUAGCUGAAUUUAUUAGAGCAUCUUAAGAAUCCUAUUGGUGAUCAUUUUGUCCUUUUUAUGUCGAUCUCUGUGCUUGUGUGUUACUUAGUGCUCAAGGGUGGGUUUAAAAAGCUGUGAUUUAGCAGCAACUAACAUUGUGAUCACACUCCUGACUAUUGUUUAUUUAAAUCAUAGUACAUUUAUAAUAGAUUUCUCUAUCUUUACUUAUAUGUGUAUCUGUAUAUAAAUAUAGAUAUAAAUAAUGAUAGAGAAUACGAUUUAAUCCAUCUUUAUCUCUUUUUCAACUGUGUCUCAUAGCUGUGAAACUCGAUUAAGAUUUCGUAAAUAAAUAAAUAAAUAAAUAAAGAGACAGAUAUGAACUCUGCCAAAUUUGCAAACUGAGAGCAUUGCAAAGUUUUCUGUCUGUGACUAUGAUGGUGGUGGAUUCAAAUACGCAAAAAAAAGUAGCAAAAAUGUCUCAACAAAGUGUGCAUGUUAUUUUUGUACAAAAAUCACUUUUAAAGAAAGCUGGCAGAGCAUCACCCUUCAUUUGUGCUGAGGUACACGACAACAUGGAUAAAAUGCUUCUAACUGUCAAGGUGGACUCUCUCUCGGAAGCUCUGUUUCGAUGAAGAUGAAACAAGACCCAGUUAAAUGUGUCCAAAAGUUCUUCUGGGCUGCGUUCAUUCAUUCAUUCAGUUGUAAGGUAACAGUUUGCAGAUAAUUUUCACUUAACUUGUACUUCUCACAUUGAAAAGUUUUUAACCCUUUCUUCAUUUCUUGUAUAUACCGACAUGUGACACCUUCAGAUAGAUUUACAGCCCAACCAAAUUUCUAGGAGUGUUGAGAUUGGAGUGCUUUUUUGUCAGUUUUUCAGCUUCUGUGUAACAAAUUAAAGAAAGGAAGCUAUCCUAAAGCUGUCACCUUUGCCAAGUUUAUUUCUGUGGGUGCAAGACAAUCGCAGACCAAAUCUUCUUGCUGGUUUGUUGACUGAAUACAUUAUUUUGGUUGUGAUGAAGGAUGUUCACCCUCCUUUCACCCCUUCCUCCAUAAGCCCUAGGUGCUAGUAUUUUUUUUCCAUCUCACUGAAAAGCUUCUGUGAAUUGUUUAAUGUGCAUCAAACUCUUUGUCAUAGUCUCGUAACAUGACAUAUUUGAGAAUGUUCUUUGACUCCAAGUGAUUUCAGCAGGCUUGAGUCAUCAUUUUAGCCGUCUUUUAAUGUAACUGAGAUCAAAUGCAGGAUACCUUUUUUGAAUGUCUUGAAUUGUCUGAUGGAAAUAUUUCAAAGCUGUUUGAAACAUGGAGUGUGUUUUGUAUAAUACAUGUUUCUCUGGUGAGCCUGGUUUUUCUUGCAUGUGGUAGAGCAACCCAACAGCAAGACCUCUCUAGGAGCUGAGACAUGUUUGAGAAAUCAUUGUUUCCACAGCCGACAGCUUCUUUUCUGUGUAAACUUUGUUAGAGCAUCACGCUGAACAUUGCAGUGGAUCAACGCAACUUUUCAAGUCUUUUGCAAAGUGAAGCACACGUCACACCCUUUCAAAUCCCCCCUCUUAUUGAUUCCAGCUAAUUAUUUGAAACGUUAAAGACACUAUGUAAAUGCUUUGAAGAGAGCACAUGGAAAUCUUUAUGUUCUGACACAUGAUUAUGAGUCCUACAUAAAGUUGGUGGGUAGAAGGCAACACAAGUUGAUCCACUUCAGACACUAAAGCCAUCAAAUUGAUUUUUUCAAAUGAACAGCUGUUUCCCAUCCAUAACGUAUUGGUCUUUAAUCCUCUUCUAUCAGCUAAUCAGUAUCAACUGCUUUGUGCUAAUGACUUCUUCUCCUGUGUUUGCCUUCUAUUUACAUCAAGUUUCUGCACACUCAUUCAUAACACUCUUUACAUCGGAGAUGUUUUGCAUUCAUAUUUUCUAAUUGUAUUUUCAAAAAAAAGCAAAAAAGCAAAAACAUUAACCUUUUUUCCUCAUGACCUGGGUACAGUGAUUGUGUAGUCUAUUGUACCUUCUGGGAAACAAUACUGUAUAUCCUUGCCUUUGACAGUCUUAACUAUCUUACCCUCUGGAGAACUUGACAGAUACCCUUAGAACACAAUGAGUAUGUUAAAAAAAUAUACAUAAAGUAAUAUUUUGCAAAAAUGUAUCAUUCCAAUAAACUUUUACUUGUUAAGACUAA